CUUCUUCCUCUCCACUCCUCUGUGUUCCGACAUCCCUUUCCUGAAACCUCACUCCUCAGCCUCUCUUCCUCGAACCCUCUUGGUCAACCUCAGGAACCUCUUUUUCCCCAUAUCGGUUUAUGGUCCCCUCCAGCCUCGUUUCAGUAUCACCUAAGCCGUCGAGAAAUGGUCCUGUCAAAUCCCGAGAAGACGAUCCGCAAAAUUGACAUCGCUCAGGUGUCCCUCAACCUCCAGGACCGUCUCGGCCUUGCCAAGGUCAAGUACCAAAAUGGCGCUCUCCCUUCUCGCCAGAACGGGGGACUGCAUAUAUCCCUAGGAAGCAGUGACAAACCGUCCGAUUCCUCUUCCGACGUCUCCAACAGCCACUGCGAGACACCUUUGACUUCGCCGCUGCGAGCCUCGUCCUAUUCGAAGGAGCUUCCCCGGUCGUCCAGAAACAGACAUGCCGCAACAUUUAACUCGCGGGUGAUGCAGCCCAUGCUCUCUGCGAGUCGAAAACGCCUCCGAUCCGACUCGGUUGCGGACCGUCCCGCAAAGGUUUCUCGGGUGUCGUGGAAGAGUUCAUACCAAUUGCCGGAGUCGUCCCCUGGGUUCCCCCGUCAUGGCAGCCGACAAAACCUGCCACAUAUCACGGAAACUGCUCCCAUUCCGGAGCUUUCUUCUCCCGGAUAUCAUGCACAAUCGGAUGAUGAUAAUGAUCCGGAUCUCCCUGUGCACAGCUUCCAAGUCAGCUCGGCUGUGGGCUCCUCGCCGCCUCGCACCCCUCCGCCGAAGCAUGCCUCACUAUCACGGAACGACCGCAGCAACCUACGCCAUGAGGAUGGAGCAGACCUACUCUUGUACCUAGCCAACUCCCCAACUCCGGCCAGAGUUGCAAAUAAGCACCAGCCGCAAGAAUUUCCCCCCUCGACUCCCCCUAGCCAACAUGCUGUCCUCCCGUCCUUGACUCCGACUCCAGGGGGAGGGGGAGUGUUUCCCAAUUUCGGCACCCCCAAUCAGCAAUUCAAUUUUGCGGACUUUGUCAACGUCACUCCCAGUCCUGCCCAGCCUGCCUGGGGUGGCCGGACUCCAGGCGCCCUCGGACGAACGCCUCUAGCAAGCAAAGAUGUUCGAAGACGGUCUAACCUCGACAACCUUUUGCCGCCGGGGAUGGGUAGUCCUAAGGUCCGCGAGAAAGGGCCGGGCUCCGUCUUGCAAUUGGGUGGCGAGCUACGGCCUUAAAACACCCUUCCCGCUUGCAAUAAUAUGCAUCCAGUAUUUCAUUUCUUUGCUCAUUAUUAUCCCUGUUACGGAACACCUGUUACGACCUUUUGAUGACCGACAUGUACACCUUGUUAUGCCCAAUGUAUCUACCUAAUUCCCACCUUAACAUUUCCCCGAUUUCUCUUAUCUCACUCAGUCUCCCUGUACAAGCCAAGCUAUAGCGCUGGUACUCACAAUGUACACCCUACCCCUUACCCUUCUUUCUGUCCAUACAUACCCAUAUACAUACCCCUUUCAUAUGUCUCCUUGGCGAAUAUUUAUAGCAUUUACUUGCUAC